GCGGCACACGACGUGCCGCAGUGGUUUCUGGGAGCUGUCAGUUGGGCCGUCGAAGCUUUGUACGCUUGAGCGACAACAGUUAUCGCUGCGGUCCCUUUUUUGUUGGUUCUUUCCGAUGGGAAAACGCCCGGGGGGCAUGUAAGCUACGGUCGGUCGCCGGCUCCUGGAGUUUUGUUGUAGCGUUGCCGGCAGCGUCCGCCCCCUUACUCGGCCCGGAGCCGAUACUGCUUUGCGGAGUGACUGACAGCGAUGUGCGGCUGACCUGGAGUCGGUGGCAUGUGACCUAACAUCGGACUGUAGUGGUACCGCACAGGAUGAAUGCAGAGGAGGUGGAGCUUCUCAGUGACUCAAAGUACAGGAACUAUGUAGCUGCCGUGGACAAGGCGCUGAAAAACUUUGAGUACUCCAGCGAAUGGGCGGACCUCAUCUCGGCACUAGGGAAGCUGAACAAGGUGCUGCAGAACAAUGCAAAGUACCAGGUGGUGCCCAAGAAGCUGACCAUUGGCAAGCGGUUGGCGCAGUGCCUUCACCCGGCCCUGCCCAGUGGUGUCCACCGCAAGGCCCUGGAGACCUAUGAGAUCAUCUUCAAGAUCAUUGGGCCCAAGCGGCUCGCCAAGGACCUCUUUCUGUACAGUUCCGGCCUCUUCCCUCUGCUCAGCAAUGCUGCCAUGUCCGUGAAGCCAGUCCUUCUGGGCCUCUAUGAGACCUACUACCUCCCUCUGGGCAAGACGCUGAAGCCGGGGCUGCAGGGGUUGCUGACGGGGGUUCUUCCUGGCUUGGAGGAGGGCUCUGAGUAUUAUGACAGAACCAACAACCUACUGGAGAAGGUGGCAGCGGCGGUGGAGCAGUGCGCCUUCUACAGUGCGCUGUGGGGCAGUAUCCUCACCAGCCCGGCGGUCCGUCUGCCCGGGGUCACCUUCGUCCUGCUGCACCUCAACCGCAAGCUCUCCAUGGAGGACCAGCUCUACGUCAUGGGCAGCGACAUCGAGCUCAUGGUGGAAGCGGUCAGCACUUCGGUGCAAGACUCCAGCGUCCUGGUCCAGAGGAGCACACUGGACCUGAUCCUCUUCUGUUUUCCAUUCCACAUGAGCCAGGCGACGAGGCCAGACAUGAUCCGCAUCCUGUCAGCAGCUCUGCACGUGGUUCUGCGGAGGGACAUGUCACUGAAUCGCAGGCUGUACGCCUGGAUGCUGGGCUCCGACAAUAAUGCCGCGAGAACAGGCCCUCGCAGUUCCAGGCUCAGCAGUCCCGAAGAACAUGCUUCUUAUUACUUCAACACCUACUCCAAGGAUAUGCUGGUCCAGGCGAUGGUGGGGAUCCUGCAGGGAAAGGCCCGUGGGGGAGAGGAAGAGAGCGUCCUGAUGCACGACCUGAAGCCAUUCCGGAUUCUGAUCAGCCUGCUGGACAAGCCAGAACUGGGUGCGUUACACAGUGCUGUAGAUAUAGCUGGGAAAACUCACAAUUCCCAGUCGGGCCAUACUGGGGGAUCCCCGAACCAGUGUCCUUUGCUGCUGGAGUUCUGCCUGCUGGUAGAUUUCCUGUUGGAUAUAGUUUCCCUGCCCACUAGAAGCAUGCGUGUGAUCUGCCAGGAAACAUACAUCGAGAUUCAGACGGAGCACCUCCCACAGCUGCUGCUACGCAUGGUGUCUGCAUUGACGUCGAACCUGCAGGCGCUGGACCUGGGCGAAAUCACCCACUGCCUUCGGCUCUGCUCCAAAAUCCUCAGCAAGGUGCAGCCACCCCUGGUGUCACCAGUGACCGGGGCCCCCCGACCCCCCACCAGCACCCGGGACAAGGAGGACAAGCGGGGCUGUGCAGUUACUGAGGCCCCCCCCUCCGUCCCGCAGUCCCUGGCUCCUGAAGUGUUUGAGGACGAGAACGCUUCCAGCAGUCGUUCCUCGGAGAGCGGCUUCACUGAUUUCAUCCAGUACCAGGCAGAGCGGUCCGACGACCCCGUCGCCUUGGAAACGGGCAGCCCAUCGAGGGUGGGGCAUGACGGCACUGGGUCCGCCCAGAACCAGCCCCAGGACACGCCCGUCAUGCAGGGCUGCCUGGAGUGCUUCCAGCAGUUCCUGACACGCCUGGUAAAGUUGUACAUCGUUCCGGAGGUGAAACUGGAGCAGUUGGGGCAGGAUGAGCUGGGCCAGGAGGGGGCGCUGCAGAGUGGUGGGCCGGCUAACCCUGGGGCUCAGCCGAGGCUGGAGGCUUUCAGUGCUGCGUGUCAACUCUUCCUGGAGUGUUCCAGCUUUCCCGUCUAUAUCGCCGAGGGCAACAUGAAGUCAUCACCUUCGUGGGAGGAGCAUUCAGCCGGAGAGCAUGCGCAGCUGCCGCUGUGGCUGCAGACACUGAUGGACGCCUGCUACUUCGGGGGAGACUUUAGCAUCCAGGCUGUGGCCAUUUCCCUGGUCAUGGAUCUGGUGGGCCUCACGCAGUCCGUCGCCAUGGUGACUGCCGAGAGUGUGGGCGGGCCGGACGUCACACAACCUAUGAGUCCCAGCCAAGGCCGCGUUGCCGUGGUGAUCAGACCGCCACUUACACAGGGCAUCCUGAAGUUCUUAGCGGAGAAAACAGACUUUUUCAAGCGAGUGGCCCUCAUCCUGUGGGAGCAGCUCGGGGAGGGAAGCCCCCAGCACCACCAGCGCAGUGUCGAGCUCUUCUACCAGCUGCACAACCUGGUGCCCUCAGCCAGCAUCUGCGAGGACGUGAUCAGCCAGCAGCUCAUGCACAGGGACAAGGAGAUCCGACUAGAAGCCCAUGUGAAGUUCUCUGUACUCUGGCACCUGACCAGAGACCUGAACAUCACCAAGUCCUCACCCUUCAACCGUACUUUUGACAGGUCCCUGUUCAUCAUGCUGGACAGUCUGAGUUACUGGGACGGGUCUAGCAGCGCCGUGGGCCGGGCCUGGCUAAACCAGGUCCUGCAGAGGCACGACAUUGCUCGCGUCCUGGAGCCCCUGCUGCUGCUGCUGCUUCACCCCAAGACGCACCGCGUGUCCAUCCAGCGCGUGCAGGCCCAGAUGCACUGGACUCACAGCUGCCCACAGCCUGCCGACCCGGUCUACAUCAGGGACCUGGGUCCUGACGAAUUCAACAAUCUGCCAGCAGAUGGUGCUAUUGCGGGGCCUGGGCAUGGCAGAGACCCGCCUUUGGAAGACAUGGAGACGUUCAGCCUCACUGUGAACCCACUGAGUGACAGUCUAUCUGUGCUUAGCUUUAGCAGCGAGAACCUACAGCUUGGCUCUGACUUUCACCUUCCCCACCACCAGGGGGAGCCCCAAACCUCUGAUUCUGGCUCCCAGUCCUCCAGAGCCUGCAGUUUUGAUGAUCCUGAUGGCGCCAGCACCUUGGAAGCACCUGACCUUAUCCAGGCUCCACCCAUCCACAGCCUAGCCACGCCCCUGGAGGAGCCUGUCGAUGACAUGGUGGCAGAGGUGCUAGCUGACCUAAUUGAUCAGGUGGUUAAGAUGGUGGAGGAAUGUGGUGGGCGGGACCCACCAGCACUAGAAGUGUGGCCGCAGUCCAGCUCGGACAGCACCGACUCCUUGGACUCAUCCAGCUGCCUGCCAGACCAAAAGCACCCCCAACUCAACAGAAUGGAGGCAGGCAGGAACCCUGACCUCCUGUCCACGACCUCCGACACCGGGGAUGAGGAACCGCAUGGGAGCAUGACCCGCCACAGCUCGUCCCCCUCUAUUGUGACGCUGGCGGACUCUGCGGGCGAGCGGCGCCCCCCGGUGGGCCCAACAGUGCGAAGGCGGAGUCACAGCAGCACACAGCUCAACUUGAAAGGCCGCAUCCUGGAACGACUGGGUGACCGCUCACCCGGUGCCAAGCCCAAGAUCAAGAAGGCCAAGAGGAAGGAUGAGCGGGGGGGGCAGGCAUCGGCGGAGCGCGCUGGGCAGGCUGGGAUCUUCUUUGGUGAGAGCCUGGACCUGGAGAACUGGUACAGCUGCGGCGAGGGCGAGGUGUCCGAAAUUGAGAGCGAUGCGGGUUCUCCCGGUGAUGGCGGUGCCAUGCCGGCAACCCCCCUGGCGCGCCUGAAUGUGCACCCACUCUACCAGCAUGUGCUGCUCUACCUGCAGCCCUACGACUCGUCGCGAGCCCUGCACGCCCUCUCCGCCAUGGCCGCCAUGCUGCGGGCCUCACCCGGCGCCUUUGUGAGCGCCAUCUCUACCACCAGCGUCAACAACGCCUACACACCACAGCUGUCGCUGCUGCAGAACCUCCUGGCACGCCACCGCGUCUCCGUCGCCGGCCGCGACUUCUACUGCGCCAUUCCGCAGGACUCGCACUCACACCCCUUCCGCGGCGCCAUGUUCAUUGAGAUCAUCAUCUCCCUCUGCCUGUCCUUCCUGCGCAGCUACUAUUGCGCACAUGCGCCGGCCACAGCGCAAGACCUGGCGGGCAACCGCAGCAUGCGGCUGACCAGCAUCGAGGUGCUGACACUGCUCUUCGGCGAACUCGCCAAGGCCAUGGAGGCGUCGGCCAAGGGCUUCGCCAGCUUCAUUUGCGACGUGCUGUCCAAGUGCAAGGUGCAGAAGGUGGUGCUGCACUGCCUGCUGUCCUCCAUCUUUGGCGCGCAGAAGUCCCACGAGCGGCGCCCGGGCCGGCCCAACGUAGCUGCCGUGGAGGAGGGCCUCUCCGAGGACAGUGUCAUCAACCUGUCAGAGGACCAACUUGACGGGUGCAGCGCCCUGCAGUCGCAGCUGCUGCGCCUCUUGCAGAGCCUGGUGUUGCUGGAGCAUCGGGUGCUGGUGCCGGCCGAGGAAGGGACCGAGAGCGGCCCAGGGCCCGGUCCCGGCCCGGGGACAGGCUUUGAGCUGCUCGGAGAGGUGGAGCAUGUGAGCCCGCAGCAGCCGGCGACGUCGCUGCAGUACCUGCAUGGGCAGCCCAUCACAGCACAGGGCAUGUUCCUGUGCGCUGUCAUACGGGCGCUGCACCAGCACUACGCCUGCAAGAUGCACCCGCAGUGGAUCGGCCUCAUCACGGCCACCCUGCCGUACAUGGGCCGUCUGCUGCGACACAUCGUGGCGUCCGUCACCCUGCAGCUCUGCCGGAACCUGGACAACCUGAUCCAGCAGUACCGCUAUGAGACGGGCCUCUCAGAGUCCAGGCCCCAGUGGAUGGCACUGUGCACUCCACCCGACCUCAUCCUCACGAUGCUGGAGGGAAUGACUGCCAUCAUACACUACUGCCUGCUAGACCCCUCCUCCCAGUAUCACCAGCUGCAGGCCGGCGUGGAUCAGAAGCAGCUGGCGGAGGCGCGCUCCGGCAUCCUCUCCAUCCUGCACACCAUCAUGUCCUCCGUCACGCUGCUCUGGAGCGUCCUCUACCUGGCCGACAGCUCCGAGCGCCCUGCCGGCGCCUCUGCCUCCUGCCUGUCCAACAUCAACCUGGGCUCCACCAAGAACCUGCGGCAGCAGAUCCUGGAGCUCCUGGGCCCCAUCUCCAUGAACCACGGGCCGCACUUCAUGGCCGCCAUCGCCUACGUCUGGAACGAGAGGAAGGCGGGGAAGAGUCCGGCCCGAAAUAAGGUGAUCCCCACGCCGAGUGAGGAGCAGCUAAUCCUUGUGGAGUUGGUGCGGUCGGUCAGCGCCAUGCGCACGGAGACCGUCAUGCAGACGGUCAAGGAUGUCCUGAAACAGCCCCCUGCCAUCGCCAAAGAGAAGAAGCACCUGUCGCUGGAGGUCUGCAUGCUGCAGUUCUUCUAUGCCUACGUGCAGAGAAUCCCUGUGUCCAGCCUGGUGGACAGCUGGCCUUCUCUGUUGGCCCUGCUGAAAGACUCCAUCCAGCUGGGCCUCCCCUCCCCAGGACAGUUCCUCAUUCUGGGGGUUUUGAAUGAGUUCAUCCUGAAGAACCCAAACCUGGAGAACAAGAAGGACCAGCGUGAGCUUCAGGACGUGACCCACAAGAUUGUGGAGGCGGUCGGCACUAUCGCCGGCUCCUCGCUGGAGCAGACCACCUGGCUGAGGAGGAACCUGGAGGUGAAGGCCUCGCCACAGAUCGUGGUGGAUGGUGCCAGCCUGGAAGCGGACGUGGAAGAUCUGAUGCUGACUGUGAUGGAAACCUCUAACUUCACUCCCUCUGUGUACAGUGUCCAUGCCCUCACUCUGCUGGCUGAGGUCCUGGCCCAUCUCCUCGACAUGGUCUUUUACAGUGACGAGAAGGAGAGAGUGAUCCCCCUGCUGGUCAACCUCAUGCAUUACGUCGUGCCCUACCUGCGUAACCACAGUGCCCACAACGCACCCAGCUACCGGGCCUGCAUCCAGCUUCUGAGUAGCCUCAGCGGCUACCAGUACACUCGGCGCGCCUGGAAGAAGGAGGCCUUCGACCUCUUUAUGGACCACACCUUCUUCCAGAUGGAUCCCUCCUGUGUCAGCCACUGGAGAGCCAUCAUCGAUCACCUGAUGACCCACGACAAAACCACGUUCCGAGACCUAAUGACGCGUGUGGCCGUGGCCCAGAGCAGUUCUCUGAACUUGUUCUCCAACCGCGAUGCCGAGCUGGAGCAGAGGGCCAUGCUGAUGAAGAGACUGGCCUUCACGGUGUACAGCAGCGAGGUGGACCAGUACCAGAAAUACCUGCCUGACAUCCAGGGUUUGACCUCGUUCCUCUGAACAUCUGUCCUGCCACAUUUCUGUCGUGUGGUUGCCCAUUAAAUACUCGACUCUGUCCUGUUCUCUCAUACUCCUGCCCCCCUUCGUGGUUUGUGCCCUCUCCUGCACUCCCACCCCCCAUCAUGGUCUGUGCCAUCUCUCGUACUCCCGCCCCCCUUUGUGGUCUGUGCCCUUUCUUGUACUCAUGCCCCCCUUUGUGGUCUGUGCCCUUUCUU